AUGAUUAAGUCUUCAAUUCAAGGUAUUCAAGCGGACGAACCUACGGAUCUGCUCCCAUCUGCCUUGAAGGAAUACGAGGCCCGGGCCAUCAAACGAGAAAAAGCAUUUGAGGGCAGGAUUUUAAGCAGUGUUGCAUCCCUCAGCUCCACCAUGAAGGCCAACAUCGCUGGCCUCAAAACCGACGUGGCCACCGUGAAGACUGACAUCGCCGCCACAAAGACCGACAUCGCUGGCCUCAAAGCAGAUGUGGCCGUCAUGAAGACCGACAUCGCUGGCCUCAAAACCGAUGUGGCCACCGUGAAGACUGACAUUGCCGCCAUGAAGACCGACAUCGCUGGCCUCAAAACCGAUGUGGCCACCGUGAAGACUGACAUUGCCGCCAUGAAGACCGACAUCGCUGGCCUCAAAACCGAUGUGGCCACCGUGAAGACUGACAUCGCCGCCAUGAAGACCGACAUCGCUGGCCUCAAAGCAGAUGUGGCUGUCAUGAAGCCGUUGCUCAAACGCCUUGAACAGAUCAUCAUAUCCACCGGUCACUCCUAUAUCUCAGUCAAACAGCCAAUCAUCCCCGACGACGAGCUAGGGAGACCAGGGCCAGUCAACCCAAAACAAGCUUCACAACGGGCUUCAAGGUCCAACAGAGGCUGA